GACUGCCUCGUGACUUGCAAACAGAGCUAUGCUGGAUUUCUGCGGCCGCGGGAGGAAGAGGAUGACAUGGAAGAGAUGGCAAACCAGAGCAACUUCAGCAAUUUUAGCAACUUCAGCAGCCUCCGUAACAUCAGCAGCAAAGUCGCGCCAGAGUUUUUGCCCAGUGAUGGAGUGAUCGCCAGCUGUCCUGCAGGCAACAUCAUCCCAGGACGCGUGAUGGACUUGCCGGACUUCGUUUGUGUCUUUCAGGAUUGCAUCGAUCCGGAGCCGAUACCUCUUGGCUACGAGAAGAACGAGUUCAACGACACUGAGGAGUGGAGCUGUUCCCGCGGCUUCGCGGGCAAUGCCAGCAGUGAGUGCCGCUUGCGGGAGGACUGUGUGGGCGAAGUCCUUCUCUCUGAGUGCAUCCCCGUGAGCUUCUGCAGCCUCGGCGAAUUGGAUGCGUGUUUGAUGGAUGCCAGUGGAUGCAGCGAACGAUUGGAGCCCGGUGGCUCCUGCGAGCUUCGAUGUCCCGAGCCGACGCAAGGCACCUCAGGCUCUGCAUCCUGUCCACAGCUGAACACCGAAGCGGGUGCUCCAGCCAUGAUCCAGCCCCCAAGCUGCGAGUCGCGAUGCGACUACUUGGAGAACGUUGAGGCGCCCUUCAACUUUGUGAGCCUUGCCCCUUUGAACCUCACAGGUUGGGCUUGUGCUGAAGGUUAUGGCGGGAACAAGUCCAUCACCUGCCACAUUGAUAGGGACCGCGAUUGCAACGCAAGCUACGUUUUCGAGGGUUGCAAGCCACUCACCAAAUGCGCUGGCUUGGAGAAUAUUGAUCCCUGCAGGUACAUCCACAGCUGCAUCCCCGGUCUGCUGCCCGGGGACCGCUGCGAAAUCCGCUGCUUGCCGCCCCAAUUCCUGGGUGACCCCGUGGUGGCGCAGUGCAGCACCGAAAACACGGAUUCCUCGAAGCCUCCGCAGUUUGCGGCGUGGCCCAGCUGCGCUCCGCAAUGCGAGGAACCGGAAGUGGCACCAACAGGUUACCACCUGAAUCGGAGCGCGGACGUCGAAUGGACCUGUGCGGAGGGUUACUUGGGCUCUGCGGUCCCCUUCUGUGGCCCUGACUACCAGUGUAUUUUGCGCUUUAGCCUUUCGGGCUGUGUUCCCAAGGUUCCCUGCGUGGCGCCAAGUGUACCUGCUGGAUGCCUCUAUGACGGAUCUGGCUGUCCCUCGGAGAUUUUGCCCGGCGAAAGCUGUGAGAUCCAGUGCAAGAGCCCGUACGUGGGCAACGCCACCAGCGCAAGCUGUGAUGCCGACAACACCGUGGUGAACGCCGCCUCGAUCUACGAGCUGCCCGAGUGCCUGCUGGAUUGCGGGGAGGUGCCUGUGGACCUCACCGAGGCCUACGUGCGCACUCAAAAUGGAGAUUGGGAGUGCAACAGCAGUGGAUAUUUGGAAACCCCAGUAACGCUCUGCGAGUUGGAGGACGGCUGCACGGCAGUCCUGCGCAUCAGCGGGUGUUUGCCCAUCGUGUCGUGCCUGUCGCCCGACCCCAGGGCCUUUGAUGUGUGCCAGUACAACUUCCAAGGCUGUGACAGUCUGGCGCCGGGCAGCAGUUGCAAUGUGAGCUGCCAGCCGCCCUACAUCGGUGGAAUGACCACUGCAACCUGCCCUGAUUUGAACCUGGACCCGCUGGCGCCCAUCCAGUACCAGCAGCCCAACUGCACGCUGCUGUGCCCAGAGCCCUCUCCGGUGCCUCCAGGCUAUCUUCGAGGACAAGAGAGCUGGCUAUGUGCCGACGGUUAUGUGGGAACUGCUGUUGCUUCCUGUUUGGUGGAUCGCUACUUCUCCGACAGUCAGGGAGUUUGUAUCACAAGGACUGAACUGACUGGCUGUGUGCCAGUGCAGCCCUGUCGUUUUCCUCCCAGUGAUGUCUGCGACUACGACACUUCGAAUUGUAGCUCUGUACCAGCGGGUGGCACUUGCCAGGUUUCCUGUCGCGUGCCCUUUUCUGGAACGCCCUCAAGGGGCAGCUGUCCGGCAGACAACACCAACCCAGUGACCUUGGUGACAGUUGACAUGCCGACGUGUACCUUGGACUGUCCCAUCCCGGCGAGUCUUCCAGAGGGCUACAACAUCAGCUUCACGGCGCAACGCAGCGAUGGCCUGGCUGCCUCAUUCUUCGCCACGGACCCCAUCAGCGGACGCCGGGCGCGGGUGGAGAGCCGCGGCUACUUCGAGUGCGAUGAAUCCUUCGCUGGGGAUCUCACUGUGACAUGUACAGUGGAUCCGGACUGCGACUGGCGCAUCGAAUUCGCCAACUGCCGCCCCACGGUGCCCUGUGCUCCGUUGGAGCUCAAUGUGCCGCCCUGCGGCCUCAUUGCACCAGAUUGUGAUGUCGUGUCCUCUGGUCGAAGCUGUAUGGCCACCUGUCAAGCGCCAUGCACGGGACAAUCUGCAGAGCUCUACUGUCCAAUAGGCAAUACCGACCCGGAUCAGCCCUUAAUGGGCCAGAUGCCCAAUUGCAUCACGGAGUGUGACUUUGUGCCGGCAGGCUAUCGUAGGAGCAGGGACGCCGAGAAUGGCUGGGAAUGUGCACAUGGCUACACUGGAAGCGCAGAAGUCUUCUGUUUGCCUUCAGGGCCUGGACGCGUUUGCGAGACAGAAAUCCUCCUCCAAGGUUGUGUUGAAAUGGUCCCGUGUGGCCCAGGAAAUUUCGACCCAUGCCAGUAUGACAUGAGCGACUGCAUGUCAGUACCGAGGGGUGAAAGCUGUACCAUUCGAUGCAACUCGGUCUACACCGGGAUGGACUUCAAUGCCACCUGCCCCAUCGAAAACACACAGGUCAAUGAUGGACUGCAGUUUGAAGAUGGGAACUGUCUGAUUCGCGAGUGUCCUGAACCAAACCUCACCAACGAGUCAGUCUUCCCCUGGGAGUACGUGGAUGAUGACGCGGCAGGUCCAACUGCCCUCAUCGUCCAAUGUCGGGUGGGCUUUGCUGGCCAACCUCGGCGCGUGUGCACUGCGGUUGGCAGCACUUGCCAAGCAGAGGCAGAUUACCUGGGCUGCACGCCCAUCGUGGCAUGUGGACCACCCGACUUGGAUUUCUGUCGCCAUGAAGAUGUGUGCACAUCGGUGCCCGCAGGUGGUGCUUGCAGGAUCCCUUGUAAGUUCCCUUUCUUUGGGCCGGCCAUCAACACCAGCUGUCCGGACAACAACACCGAUGCGGAUGAAGUGCCAAGUCUGGGACCGGACCUGUGUCAGAUAGGCUGCGAAGAUCCAGAUCAGCCACCCACAGGCUACGCCAAAGUCAAUGGCACUUGGUCCUGCGCCUCUGGCUGGGGAGGGCAAGCCGUACCCGUUUGUGUCUUGAACGAAACCGACAUCUUCAACGGAAGCUGCGGUUCUUUCAUGAAUCUCAGCGGUUGCUUCCCACUGCAGCCAUGUGUCAGACCCAGCACCUUGGAUUCCUGUACCUACCAGGUGGAUUAUGCGCUAAGUCCUGGCGUCACCAGCCCGGUGCGUUGUCGCUAUCCACCCUUCAAUCCUGAGGACAUGGUGGAAGCUGGCCUUCGCUGUCCCGGGGACAACAUCCAAGCGGACCGCGAGGCCGAGAUCCUUCAGCUGCCCAGCUGUGAAAUGUUCUGUCCGAGCCCCCCACCGCCCGCAGGCUAUGUGAAGUCUCAUGACCUUCUGAGCUUUGGAGAGAACGAGACAGGAGUGGAGAUCAACAGGGCACCAGCCUACAGCUGUGCAGAUGGCUGGACGGGAACGGCGAAUCAUAGCUGCAUGAUCGAUCGGAGCAAUGGAAAAUGCUCCAUACCUGUGACUUUCCAGGGUUGCUUCCAACUGGUGCCAUGCAAACCCAUCGAUCCGCGCUCUUUUGACGUUUGUACCUACAACAUCACUGAGUGCAUGGAAAGGAGUCAGGAUACGGUGGGCCCCUACACUGGCCCAAUGGGUGGCACCAGCUGCGAACUCUCCUGCCGCGAUCCAAUGCUAGGUGAUGUCACCACGGCGUCCUGUGAAGAUUUGAACAUCAAUCCCAACAGGAGGAUGGAGUAUCAGCUACCAACGUGCAGCAUGUAUUGUCCGAAGCCUACGACCCUGCCGGAUGGCUACGAACAUCUUGGCAGCUUGGCGUGGCCCACACCCAUCCCGGAAUGCAAUGCUGAAGCCACACCGUACGCCAAUCCCAGCAACGAGUACCGCUGUGCCAGCGGCUACGGCGGCACAGCCUCCAUCUCCUGCUACCUGAGAGGCGCCUAUAGCAGCGUCACCGAAACGGUGCAGUGUAGCACCAUCACGGACUUUGAGGGUUGUCUGCCGCUGAGAUCUUGCAGGGCUCCUGAGGUGGACAGCUGCCGUCAUGAUGUUUGGGCGUGCCGAUCUCUGCAAGCUGGACAAACGUGCGAAGUGACCUGCGCUCCGCCUCUGGAGGGUUCACCCGCGACCUUCGAAUGUCCUGCGGACAAUGUGGUGCCUCAGCAAGUGGUACUUGGAGAAUUGCCUGCCUGUCGCUUUCCCUUUGGGUGUGAGGAACCAUUUCCAUUGACUGAAGGCUAUGUGAAGAUCAACGAGACCAGCUACACUUGCGAUGAGGGUUUCAUUGGGGAGGCGCAGUGGGAUUGCUACCUGGAACGCCUCUGUUCCCCGGUGUUGGUGCUCAGUGGCUGCCACAAACUGGUGCCGUGCAUGAUCCCCGCGCCCGAGGACCAGCUCUGCGGUCUUGACUACGACGUUUGCGCUAACCUGAUGGGCGGCCAGAAUUGCGAGGUGCCAUGCCUUCCCGGCUUUAUUUUUUCCAAUGCCACAGAGGAGAUGUCGAACGUGACGCAGGUGGAGCCGACUCCGCAAGGAAACAUCAGCCAUCGCGCGAUGGUCUUCACCUGCCCAGUGGAGAACAUCGACCCUAAUCAGGUGAUCAUCUACGACGCACCUCGAUGUAUUUUUGAGGCUUGUGUGGAUCCAGACCCGACACCGGAAGGUUAUGCAAAGAUUGAUGGCAACUGGAGCUGUGCAGAGGGAUUUGUGGGGGAGGUCUAUGAGGAUUGCAACACUUGCAAUGCGAGCUUGACACUCUCAGGCUGUCUCAAACGAGUUGCGUGUUUGACACCACGUGUGCCCGAGCAGUGCAUGUUUGAUCUCUCCAACUGUACCAACUUGGCUCCCGGGGAUCUUUGCGAGAUCCAAUGUCGCGCCCCCUACCAGGGAGCAUCCACCUUUGGAGAGUGCCCCAGUGACAACACGGACACGGACUAUGACAUCAACAUCACUGAGCCUCACUGCAGUUUGGUUUGUCCUUGGCCUCAAAGUAUUCCACCUGGAUAUGCUUGGACGACGGAUGGAUGGCAAUGUUCCAAUGGCUAUCACGGCAUGGCAGAGUUGGAAUGUCCCAUCUCUGCAGAUUGCUCUGUGACGUCGCAGCUCAGUGGCUGUACCGAGCCGCAAUCCUGCACGGCGCCCAGCUUUGAGCGUUGCCAACAUGUGGAGGUGGCAAAGGAGUGUGCCGACCUGCCACCGUCGCAGGCAUGCAACCUGACCUGUGCACCACCUUUCUUGGGCGAAGCUACGAUGGCAGAGUGCCCUUACGACAACCCCAAUGCCUCGCACACAUCGUCCUUCCUGGCACCACGCUGUGUCCAUCCCAGCUGUCCUGAAGUGGUGCCGCCAGGCUAUCAGAAGACCUUGCGGGGCUGGAGUUGCGCCAGAGGCUAUGCUGGUGAAGCCUUGCAGAGCUGCACCUCCGACCAGGAUUGUUGCUCGCUCCGUCUGCGAUUGGAGGGUUGCAGGCCAAUCAGAGGAUGCAAGCUACCACAGCUGUCAGAGAUGGAUGAAUGCAAGCUGGACCUGUCAGAUUGCAUCAACAUCUCGUCCGGCAAAGAGUGUGAAGUGCGCUGUCGUGCUCCCUUCUUUGGCGUCCCAUCCGUGGCUAGCUGCGUGGCCGACAACACUGAUCCAGAGAAAAUCUUGGACUGGAGCCUGCCUUUCUGCCAGAUCUUGCGCUGUGACCGACCCAUGCCGCCACCGCCGGGCUACAUCUACAAUGGCUUGGCAGAGCUCUGCGCACCAGGUUACGCUGGCAGUGCCAUGGGGACCUGUCGCGGUGGGCGCUCGGAGAACGAUUGUGUGGCACCACCCAUGGUUUUCCAAGAGCAGAUGGCCAAACUCAAGGUUUGUCUGAACACGGGGUCGAUUUUAGCCAGUCAUUUGGAGUCCAGUGGCCACAAGAAGGAUGACAACCAACUGUUCGUAGAAAGCUCCCCUGCGGCGGCCGCCUGGCUCCGCGCGGCGCGGCGCACAGCUGAAGGCAAGAAGGACAGUGGGGCUCACUGGGCUGCUGCCUGGGAAUCCACCGAGGCAUGGUGGCUGCGGCCCGUGGCCUUCUCUGUUUCUGCGCUCUUCACCUUGGUGGCCAUACUCCAGCAGUUGCCCGGCGCCUAUCUGCGCGCCGUGCUCAGCAAGCGCGUCCGGGGCGAGGCCGCCGAGGGGCCCGAGGUGGCGGUGCCAGUGUUCCAGGAGCGAAAAAUGACGCUGCAGAUGUUGAACGAGUUGCGAUGCAGCAAGUGCUUGAGUGCUCUUCAAAGAAUGGAGCUCCCGGUCUUCGGAACUGCUGCAAAAUGGUCUGAGAAGGAUGAUGGUGUCUUGGUGGCCGUGAAUCCGCGGAAUGCGACGGUCCUACAGGACUGGGAGAGCCACGUGCCCCUGCUGAAAUCUGGAGUCCUUGAUGCUUUGGGCGACCAUCUUUUGAACGACGACGUGGUGCUCCACUUACUGCGGAAGGACGAUUCCUACGAGCUUUUGGUGCGAUUUGUGAAAAAGUCUGCGGGCAAAUCCCCUGGCUUUGGCUGUGUCUACCUUGCCGCGCAAUGGGACACCGCGCUGCGCGCCACGGAGGGUGAGCUGACGGUGCUCGCUGCGUCGCUGCUGCUGGUGCUGCUGGGAGAGCUGGCGAGGGAAGUCACGGCACGGGCGCAGCGGGUGGAGCUGGGCUCCAGGACCUUCUUGCCCUGUCCACAGCUGGGCCUGCUCGGCGUCUUUGCUACGCCCGUCGGAGCGUCGCCCGGCAAGUCGCAGCAGCUGCAGCUGGCGUUGAGCGCGCCGCUGACGCUGGCCUUGGCGUCCCUGCUGCUGGGGGCGCUGGACUGGGAUCCCAGCUGGACUUUGCAGCUCCAUUCCACCAUGGGCUUGGGACCUUUGUCGCAGCUACACGGGGAAUGCAGCGUCACAAGCUUUAUUGCUUGCCAGGGCCUGCUGAUGGCCAGCUUGGCUCUACUGCCACAGAGCCCUGACGGUCGAUCUGCUUGGAGCGUCCUCUUGGGCCGCGAGAACGGUGAAAAGCUGGCGGAUACCUUCAGCUAUGCCUAUCCGUUCUUGGGUGUCUUCGCAAUGUGGGCGAAUGGCGCCGGUGCUGCCGUGCUGUCCUUGCCCUUCACCUGGCAGCUGCUGCUGACGAAUCUCACGCCGCCAAACCAGCCGCCUGCGCUGGAGGAGAUGGACUGGAGAUGGCCAAAUCAAGAUGUUUGA